AUGCCUCGUGGAACACUAGAAGUCAUUCUUAUCGGUGCAAAGGACCUUCAUGACAAAGAUUUUCUCAAAAAAAUGGAUCCUUACGUGAUCCUCACAUACCGGGCACAAGAGCACAAAAGUAGUGUGGCCAAAGGUGCAGGUUCUAAUCCCAGUUGGAAUGAGAGCUUCCUUUUCACCGUUUCUGACAAUGCUUCUGAACUGAUUCUGAGGUUUAUGGACAAGGACACCUUUACCAAGGACGACUUUCUUGGCGAGGCAAAAAUUUAUUUGGAACCGGUGAUUGCUGAAGGGAGCAUUUCUGAAACUGCUUACAAUGUUGUGAAGGAGCAGAAGUAUUGUGGGGAGGUUAAGGUGGCUCUCACAUUUUAUCCUGAGAAUUAG